GGCUGGAACUUCAGACGUCUACGGACCUCCCCGCGAGCCUCGUUCCUUCCCUUUAAGUUUCGCACGUUUUUUUCGCGCUAUCAUUUCUCCCGUUUAUAGAGUUAGGAUCCGCCUUCAUCGCGAGAGGAUCCUGAUCGCGCGAUCGGGAUGGCCCACGCCGCGUCCGACGAUGUCAACGAGAAGAGCUACAUCCUGGACGCGAGAAAAAACUUCGAGGACGUCGGCAGCAUCGCAUCGGAAGAGUCCUACGAUGACAUGAGACGAUUAGUCGGGGAGGAGGAGGAGGAAGAGAAGGCCGGCAAAUUCAGCAGCCUGCCGCUCGCGAGUUUCAAUUUCAUCAAUUCUAUCAUCGGUAGCGGUGUCAUCGGAAUACCGUACGCUCUGCAUCAAGCCGGCUUCGGUCUCGGCAUUGCACUGUUAAUUUUAGUAGCGGCGUUGACCGACUACUCGUUAAUUCUCAUGGUGCGGAGCGGACACAUUUGCGGUGAGAUGAGCUACCAGGGCCUGAUGCGAGCGAGUUUCGGUCGUACCGGCUUCUAUAUUCUCACGGCAUUGCAAUUCGUGUAUCCGUUUAUAGCAAUGGUUUCAUACAACGUCGUCGUCGGUGAUACGGUGACCAAAGUCCUGAUAAGAGUGACAGGGAUGGACGAGACAAACAUUCUCGCUCAUCGACAAGUCGUCAUCCUCUUGGCGACCCUCUGCGUCACCAUCCCGCUUUGUCUGUACAGGAACGUCGCGCGAUUAGCGAAAAUCUCCUUCCUCUCUCUAGUCUGCGUCGGGUUCAUUCUCAUCGCCAUCUUCAUCCGGAUGGACUCGAUGUCCGCCAUGGUUCCGAGUCAGAAGGACAGCUGGAGAUUCGCCAAUUUCCCGGGGGUCGUCCCGUCCGUCGGUAUAAUGGCGUUCGCCUUCAUGUGCCAUCACAACACCUUCCUGAUUUACGGCUCGAUUGAGAGAGCGACCCAGCAGAAGUGGGACAUGGUGACACACUGGUCCCUCUUCACGUCUUUCUUGAUCGCCGCGGCCUUCGGGAUCGCCGGCUACGCGACCUUCACGUCGUACGUUCAGGGCGAUCUCAUGGAGAAUUACUGCUGGGAUGACGAUCUGAUGAAUCUCGCCAGGGUCAUGUUCAGCGGCACCAUACUGCUCACCUUCCCGAUCGAGUGCUUCGUUACGCGCGAGGUAUUCAUGACGGCGAUCAAAGGCACGGACGAAUUGGAGGGACACGAGGCUUAUGUGCCUAAUUCGGACCGCAAGUACCUGAUAAUCACCUUGACGAUAGUAACCUUGGCAUACUUAAUCUCCAUGUUGACGGACUGCCUCGGCGUGGUCCUCGAGUUGAACGGCAUCCUAGCCGCGGUGCCGCUCGCCUAUGUUCUACCUGGUCUCUGCUACCUCAAGCUCGAGGAGGGACCGAUCCUCUCGUCCAAGAAGCUUCCGGCACUCGGCCUGAUGACCGCCGGUAUUCUGGCCGCCAUCUCCGGCCUCCUGCUGAUCGUAAUCAACAGCAAUUCAUCUGGUACCUGCUUUCACGGCAAGAUAAUGCCGUAUUGCGUUAGCAAUUCGACGCUGCAUCUCGGCGCGACAACGGUGUCGACCGACAACUUCGUCCUCACCAACACCGAGCGUGGGAUCUAAAUUUAACGGGCGAGCACGGUAAAUCUUUAGUUGUUAGUCCACCAAAUUGUCGAAUGAAAGUAUAGUGAUUAAUAUCAUGGAACAAAUAACGCAGGCGUCAUUUGAAUUGCAAAAGAGAUAAAUAAAAUAAACAGCAUGUAUAAUACAUAUGUAUAUGUAUAACAGUAUAUCAAAUCAAGAAAUCAAAGUUUGAUAUUGGUUAAUCAAUAUUCCACAUUUUGACAUAAUAUAUUCAAUAUACGAAA